AUGCCCCGAAAGAGACAAGCAAAAGAGAAAACAAACGCUGAGGAUGAGGCCUCGAAAAAUACAGGUCAGACUCCAACUGGAUCAUUGCCUGUGCAGACCUUCGAUGAAUAUCAGUGCUCAGGAAAUGUGGAGGCUGACUUCCCUGGGCUUUGUGCACUUCUGGACAUGAAGAACAUCCCAACUGUUUGCACCAAACACCCAACGUCCUCCGCCGCUAAAACUGAAGGAGAGGAUGGAGAAGACAACCAGUCAAAGACAAGUACGGCGCCUUUCUGGUGGAAGCCAUGCCUAAAAGUAGAGCUGGAGAGUGAAGACCCACUCGGCCCCAAGAAUAUGAAGAUUUCUGGAUGGAAGGUGAACAAGCAGAUUUUCCGAGUGCUACAGAAGAUGCUCCCAUCCGUGAGCCAGCUCCAGAGCCUUCAGUUUUGGCAGGCGGGACUGACAGAUCAAAUGCUAAUCUCCCUCGUGAACACAAUAUCUCUGUGCUCCGCCCUCAAGGUUGUGAAACUGGAAGGCAGCGUUCUACCUGAGCAGAGCUACCACCUUCUUCUCUCUGAAGACAGCCUCCUCACCCACUUGUCCCUGCGAAAUAAUCGGAUAGGAGAUGAAGGCGCUCGUCUGAUUGGCUCGGCUCUCUCGACAAGCCGCUCCGCUAACAAGAACCUCAUGUCACUCAACCUGGCGUUCAACUCCAUUGGUGAUGCAGGUGCUACACAUAUCGCAAAGGGCCUGCGCUUGAAUCGUGCGUUGCUGUUUCUCUCGCUAUCCAGCAAUCAGAUUGGAGACUCAGGAGCUGCUCAUCUGGCUGCGAUACUCGGUAAGUUCGCUCUAACUCACGAAGAAGUGGUGGAGAGGAGGAAGCUGCUGCUGCAAAGAGCGCAGGCUGAAGCAUCCAAGAAGGAGGAGAAAUCAGCCGCCAACAAAGAAAAAUCUAGCAAGAAAACCUCUGAGGCAAAGACGCCUCGAGGUAAAGGUGGAGAGCCUGGGGGCAGAGAGAGGCAAUCGUCUGCACACGAGGCGGAGCUGGUGGAGGCAGUGAACCCCCUGCUGGACAAGUCGGUGCAUCACAGGGACGGAGAGGUCUUCCUGCCUGGAAACACCAUUCUGCACUCCCUCAACCUGGCAGGAAACAGAAUUACAGAGAAGUCGCUGCCUUUGUUUCUGGCUUCACUGGAGACGCAGGCUGAAGGAAGAGGAGGCCUGUGGCGGCUCUGUCUGCAGAGGAACCUCUUCCCACCAGAGUGUGAGUGCUACACGAAGAUAAAAGAACUGAUGGACUGUUCCGCCCAGAAAGACAGAAAGGAGGAGGGACAGGAGGCGUCGCACUGACACAUCCUUUGUUAUAAAUAAACAUUUGUUUUU